AAUGUGUUGUGGUGUUUGGGCUAAACUCCAGCUCAGCCACAUUAUCACAGCAGCAGCCGAGCGGCGACAGAGGCUACCUGACUGACCGGCCACAAACCAACACACCUGCGUUCCUGCACCUGUCCAGCUCAGAGCGCUGAGGGUCUCUGGGAGGAGGACCUGGAGGAUUUUUGUUCCUGGGCGACUCUGUUCACCUGUUUGCCUGGACUACAGAGCCACAAUGAGCGAGGACGCAUUUGAGUAUAACUACUAUGACUACUCAAACUACUUGGAGCCCACAAAACCACCUGUGGAUGUUACUCCAUGUGACCCCACAGCGGAUGACAAGCUCUUCCACAUAUGCAUGCUGUCAUCAUCCUUUGUUGUAAUGUUAAUCUUGGCGGUCCUCACCAGGAAAAACAGACUCUGUCAAGGAUUCACCAGAGGAUCCUCCAGUAUCCUCAGUCCAGUCAACUUCUUGGACCAAACCCAGAACAAAGGCCUAGCCAUCGCUGUCUUUGGGCUGCUCUUCAGCAAGCUAGCCGUGUUGGUAAUUGCCCCGGACCCGCUGCCUUUCUCCAAAAAUACUCCGGAAAUUAAAGAGUACAUGAAGAUAAUUGCCAUCUUCUACUAUCCAGUCCUCUAUUAUCCCCUGUUGGUCUGUGGCACGCUACAGAACAAAGCAGGCUAUGCAUUUGGUAGCCUCCUUUCCCUGAGCCACUUUGGGGUGUUACUGUGGCAGAAGUUUGAGUGUCCUAAGACCACUGAGAUUUAUAAGUAUUAUUCUCUGCUUGCCAGUCUCCCACAGCUGGCCUCCCUGGCAUACCUCUGUGUCCAGUUUCCUCUGCUGUUCAUCAAAGGACCAAAGAGUGAUGAGGACCUUGACAGCAGCUACUACACAGACUAUGUGAAGUCACUUCUAAAGAGAAAGUCCUCAAGUGCCUCGAGUUCUUCAAGUACAGACAUACGGAGUUAUAUUUACAUUCCAGAUAAAGUGUUCCGCUUUCCACUCAAGUUGGCUGUCUCAGUGUUUGCGGGCUUUGUGGCUUUAUAUCAUGUGGCUUUGCUGUUAGUCGUCCUGGUGAUCCCCCCUCUCCAUAUUGUUCAAGCUGGUAUUGAUAAAAACAUCGCCUUCCUGUUAAGCGGCUUUCAGAUCCACCUAUCAGACGACAACAUGGAAGUUGUCAGAAUUGUGACGUUCUAUACUUGGUUGCUGGAAGUGUGCUUCCUCUGUGCGGUGACCCUGUCCUGUCUGGUCAGUGUCGUCAUGCUCAUGCGGUCCAUGAUACUUCACAGGUCAAACCUAAAAGGAUUGUACAGGGGAGACAUUUACAGCGUUUUUAACUGCCAGAAGAUGAUCCGCCCAUCCAAACCUGGCAUAGUCUGUUGGAUGGGUUUGGCAGGCUACCAAACUGCAAUCAUCUGCCUUGGAAUGGUAAUCCAGACUAUUGUAUUUUUAAUCUGCUUCAUGUUCCUGGUAUUUUUGAUUCUGGUGCCUAUUUUUCAUGGCCGCAACCUCAUUCUCUUCCAAAUUGCUGCAAAGGCAUGGCCCGUCUGGGUGUCUCUGAUCCUGGUGACUGCGCUUCAGCAUGUGACUGCUAAGUUUGCAUUCAUCAAAAAAGACGCUGGUACAAGAGACUUGAACAACAGAGGCAGCCUGUUCCUUCUCACAUAUCUGCUGUUCCUGAUCAACAUCGUGUUGGGAUUGAUAGUUGCAAUAUGGAGGAUGGUGAUUACUGCUUUGUACAACAUCCUGCAUCUUGGCCGCAUUGACAUCAGCCUGCUGCACCGCACCUCAGAGUCCUACGAUCCAGCGUACCGCUACUACGCCCACUCCCUCAAGGUGGAGGUCAGCCAGUCCCACCCUGUGAUGAAGGCUUUCUGUGGACUGCUGCUGGACAUCCUGGUCCAGAGUGGCAGCGCUGGCCAGAAAAUGCGUGAUGCUGAGGAAGGGAUUCAGAUGGUGCAGCAGGAGAAGAAGCAGAACAAGGCCGCCAACAGCCGGAGGAUUCGCUCCCGCUGGCAGCUCCUGUUCACUCUGGUCAACAACCCCUCCCUGCUGGGCUCCAGGAAGCACUUCCAGCUGCAGACCUCGGACAGCUUACUGAACGGCACCAUGAACCGCAACAACAAGGAGGCCGGCAAGCCAGCUGCCGAGGCCGCCCAGCCUGCCGAGUCUGCCAAGCCUGCUGACGCCCCGGCUAACUGAGACACAGAGGCUCAUGGUGGCGGGGCUGAUUCCAGGAUUUAUUCAAACAAGGUGGCACUCGGGGAACCAAGAACCAGUCGGUGGGGGGGCGGGGAAAUCAAAAGAUUCUAUCAGAAAUAAAUACGGCAUUGGCUUAGAAAACAUUGGGCAUUAUUUUUGUGGUCUUGUGCUGUGCCCUGUGAUAAUACAGGUGAUAUUACAUUACAUGAAAAGUGGCACUGCACAAGAGCCUGAAAAUUGUUUUGUAUUGAACUGUUUUGCAUGGAAGGACAACACAAUUUUGUUCUGCUAAAUAAAAAAUGUCACAUAGGAAUUAAUCAUUUGUUUAACUUGCUUUCAUUUUCAAUACCAGCAUUGUCACAGCGGCAAGAUAACAAAACAGAACUGCAACUGUUUCAUAUAUUAUUUAUUUACCGUAUUUCUGCAGCACAAGUGAUGAAGUGCUUUGGUCUGCUCAACUACAGCACAAACCUCUGUAUUUAUGUUGAAUUUCUGUAAUUGUAUCCCAGAAACUGACCAGAGACACAACACCAAAACAUGACAGAGAAAAUGCGAUCAUGAUCACAGUAAACAAAUAAAAUGUUUAAUGUGUAUAAGCAUGUUUGUUAAUGCGCAUCAGCAACCUUCCUUCUUUAUUUGAAUGUUUAAACAUCUCAACACAUCAACAGUAAUAUCAGCUUAAAUGUUUCACUCAAGAUUAAAGAAUAAACCAUCCUCUAAUGUUAUACUGA